GGCUCCGUAGGACUCAACCGCAAAAACCAAACAAAUGCAGAAUUGGAAAUCAUCAAAGAGAAUUUCGCGGCGAAAUGAUGAACCGCCACAAGUGCUCGCCGAGCCCUGUCAUGACAGCAUGGUGUAUCCGAGCACGCACAUCUAUAACACGAAAAUUCUUUUUUAAAUGAGCACGAAUACGAGCCAAGAAUUUGCUAGGAGUCUCAUGGCAUGAUAGACGUGUAUUUCCAAGCGCGCUGCAAGUGGCAGAUGAUCAUCUUGAACCCGUCGUGUGCUCUUGGUGCAAGUUGCGCUUGAUUCAGCCGCACAUCGCUUGGGAAUGUUCAGUUAUUUAGCCACUUAAAGAUGUAAAUUUGGGAGACGUGUAGCUGCGCUAUAGUGCUACGUGGGUUAGCGGUGACACCUGACCUGAGUGCGUGGUGAAUGGGCCUCGGUGCGUUGGAUGGUUCUCUCCGCUAACGUUAGCCCUCAUGCUAGCUCAUGUUAGCAGCGAGGCUUCCGCUCGACUAAAACACUGACGUUUCUGGACAACCAGCUGUCAAGAUGAGGCUCUUCAGGUUCCUGAGGAGCAGCCUGAACAUCGGAAAGGACAUAGACUACUACUCCAAAUUCUCCCCCUCCCCUCUGUCCAUGAAGCAAUUCUUGGAUUUCGGUUCUGAGAACGCUUGUGAGAAAACCUCCUUCAACUUCCUCCGGCAGGAGCUCCCCGUCAGGCUGGCCAACAUCAUGAAGGAGAUCAACCUGUUGCCGGAUAACUUGCUGGGCACCCCGUCGGUGCGCCUGGUCCAGAGCUGGUACAUGCAGAGUCUGCAGGACAUCCUGGAGUUCAAACACAGGAACACGGACGAUGAGAAACUGGCUUAUGAUUUCACAGACGCAGUCAUCAAGAUCAGAAACCGCCACAAUGACGUGAUCCCGACCAUGGCGCAGGGAGUGGUGGAGUACAAGGAGGCGUACGGCACCGACCCGGUGGUCAGCCAGAAUGUUCAGUACUUCCUGGACCGUUUCUACAUGAGCAGGAUCUCCAUCAGGAUGCUCCUCAACCAGCACACGCUGCUGUUUGGCGGGAAAGUGAAGGACAACCCAGCUCACCCCAAACAAAUCGGCAGCAUCGAUCCUCACUGCUGUGUCAGCGAAGUCAUCCGAGAUGCCUACGAAAACGCUCGCAACCUGUGCGACCGCUACUACAUGAACUCCCCGGAGCUGAUCCUGGACGAGUUCAACAACCAGGGAAGCCCCAUCACCGUGGUCUACGUCCCCUCCCAUCUCUACCACAUGGUGUUCGAGCUCUUCAAGAACGCCAUGCGCGCCACCAUGGAGAUGCACGGCGACUCCAUGGACUACCCCCCCAUCCACGCUCAGGUGGCCCUGGGCUCCGAGGACCUGACCGUGAAGGUGAGCGACCGCGGCGGGGGCGUUCCUCUGCGCAAGAUCGACCGGCUCUUCACCUACACCUACUCCACGGCGCCGCGCCCGAGCAUCGACGGCUCCCGCGCCGCUCCUCUGGCUGGUUACGGUUACGGGCUUCCCAUCUCCCGCCUCUACGCCCGCUACUUCCAAGGGGACCUGAAGCUCUACUCCCUGGAGGGCUACGGCACAGACGCCGUCAUCUACAUUCGGGCCCUGUCCACCGAGUCCAUCGAGCGACUCCCUGUGUACAACAAGUCGGCCUGGAAACACUACAAGACCAUCCACGAGGCCGACGACUGGUGCGUGCCCAGCAAAGAGCCCAAAGACAUGACCACCUUUCGGAGCUUCUAGACUGGGAGGUGGAACUGGAAGAGAGUGCCAAGGGAACGUGUCAUUUCAUGCCAGUCGCUGUGGUCUGUGUCCGUCCAGCGUCUGCGCUGGUCACUGCUUCAUGUCCUCGUGUCAAAUCUGUUACAAGAAAGUUGGUUCUAGCGGGAUUUUUUUUUUUACCGUGUACAAAACUCCAGUCGUGGAAACUGCCAACAAGCGCGCGCGCACACACACACACACACACACACACUCUGAGCAAUAAUGGUGUACUGUGACUUGACCUCAAGCCCGCGCCGUCAUCCGUGCUAGCUUUGGGUGACGCCUUCUUAGAGAACAAAGUUUUACUUUGAAGUGUAAAUAGCAAAAGUCUGAGAAAUGCUUGCCUGCACUUUUUGGCUUCUUCAGGGGGAACCUGUUGCGACAUGAGACGCUGCUGGUUUGUUGUGUUUUAGCUGAGCUGUGAGCCCAGCUCAUUUUAGUGUCUGAAUCUGUGAAAGCCUAUGUGAACUUCUCGCUCACUCAGAAUGGGUUUUAAAUAAGCUCCUGUAUUUUAAGGAUGGGAACCUCGAGAGGGGUCGCUACGGUUCCGUCGGACGUCUGUGCUCCAUCGUCGAGUCGCCAUUUCACGAAUAAACACUUCCUUGUGGCGUUGCUCGUGUCCGGAAUUGAGCUUUUUACACUUCAGGUAGAGCUGCGUUACCUGCGAGAUGAAGUCAAAGUGUCAGAAAAUUGUGUAAUUGGAAUGUAUCAAGCAGAAGUGUAAUACUUUCGUUUCUGUAUUCGAAGAGUUUUCUGGUUCCAUCAGCACCUGCAAUGGCGUAACGACUUACGGCGGAGGUUGCUGCGUCACGUGGUACAAUCCUCUGUGUUGACUUCACGGGUCGCAGCCGCCGAUGUAAAAGCCAGAGAACAAGAGUCAAAUAUUGUUCCUGCUCAAGAUUUGCUUGUAAUUGUUCGACUAAUGCAAGUUAUGUAGCAAGACGGACGACAGAAAAGUCCCCGAUAUAGCUAACGGCUAUGAAUCAGCCGCUGACGUCACUGGCCUCUACUACGGUUCAGGGCUCGUGAGUUCCAGAGAUGCUCUAGUUCAACUCUAGACAAGUGGCAUAGUGGUCAACCGAAGGGAUUUUUCACAAUAUCAAUAUCAAUGUAUACACAUCCACAUUCCAUAUGCGUCAUUUGCAAAAGGCCUUUAUUUUGAAAUGGCACAUGAGCUUCAGUUCAAACUUCCUGGGUGACUUCCAGUCGCUUUGGCAUUACCGUAAUACUCGCAUUACACGAGCACCGGUGUUUCAGUCCCCCACACACAGACACUAUUGUCAGCUGCAACCAAAAACUCGAUGUGGAGUCCGUCACUCUCUAAAAUAUUGGACACCUUUUUCAAGCAAGAGACGAGGACCAAUCGUAUAAUAAUGUGUUUAUUGAUCGCUCUUGUCCCACCACGCUCCUCUGAUUCAGUUUUUACUGUGCAGUUAAGCAUUCUGGAUAAUACAAGCAGGAGGAAAAUUGAAAAAAAAGAAAACAUUUCUACUUCCUCAUCUUCCUCCUCCAGCAGCUUCAUCACGUCCCGUUUGUUUCAGCAGAACUUCUUCUAUUCUACUCGGUAGAAAAACGUGGGACAGUAAAAAAAAUGAAAAAAAAAGUCAUGAUAUUAAAGAAAUGAAAAAGUGAUGCAGUUCAUAGGCGCAUGUAUAAAAACGCUUUAUACAUUAAAAACCUUGUCACUGAAGCUUAAAAAGACAAUAUAGCGCAUCUAUAAAUCUCAACUGUACAUAAGAGGUGUCCAGGCCGACACACACAUUUAAAAAGCAGGCUCCGUCUCUGUGCGUCUCUCCUGCAGUCACAACAGCUCCAGCUCCAGCCCCGAGCUCAGUGGUGGUGAGGAGGGCUGGUGUGGCUCCACCCCAGGUGCAGUGGUUCAAGUCAUUCCACUCGUGUGUCUCUCACAGGGACGCAACGGCGAUGUCACGUGACUCAGCAGACCGAGUCGGUGCUGGCUGGGAGCUUCCCGCUGCGCCGCACUUCCUUUUCUCUCUUCUUCUCCAGCUUCUCCUGAGUCUUCCUCAUCUCCUUCAGCUUCUUCUUGAUGGUGGAGCGGUCACUCUGGCUGGACACACCCAGAGCCUGAGGAGGACAAUUGUUUCAGUCAGUGGCGACGAGGGACAGGAAAAUGUC